AUGGGAAGCACACAAGAAGUCUUCGUUGGUUCGAUCGACCAGGGAACCACGAGUUCCCGGUUUUUGAUCUUCAACAAACAGGGUGAACCUGUUGCCUCGCACCAACUAGAAUUCAAGCAAAUCUAUCCUCAGCCGGGAUGGCACGAGCAUGAUCCCUUGGAGAUUGUGUCCUCCGUCGAAAAGUGUAUCGACGGUGCUGUCAAGCAGUUCGAGACCCAGGGCCACAGCGCCAACAGCAUUAAGGCGGUCGGCAUCACGAAUCAACGUGAAACGACUGUUCUAUGGGACCAAGAGACCGGAGAACCCCUGUACAAUGCGAUCGUGUGGACCGAUACUAGAACACAGAGCCUGAUCCGAAAACUUAAGACUAGACUUGGAGCUGACAAGCUCACUCAAAUUUCUGGACUACCCUUGUCAACUUAUCCUUCAGUGGGAAAACUACUAUGGCUGCUUGAGAAUGAGCCGAAGGUCAAGGCCGCCCACGACAAGGGAACACUAUGCUUCGGAACCAUCGAUUCCUGGUUGGUUUACAAGCUGAACGGAGGACCAAAGCGCAAUGUUUUCGUGUCCGAUCCUUCAAACGCAUCCCGCACGUUGUUCAUGAACAUUGAGACCCUGAAAUACGACGAAUCUCUCCUAGACUUCUUCCGUAUCGAUACCACAAAGGUGAAUCUUCCCAAGAUUGUUCACUCCUCCGAUGCCUCCGCCUAUGGAUCCCUAGCCUCGACAGUCCUCCAAGGCGUCCCCAUUACCGGCGUUCUCGGUGACCAGUCCGCCGCACUUGUUGGCCAAAAGGGGUUUACUCCUGGAUUGGGAAAGAACACAUACGGAACAGGCAGUUUCAUUCUAUUCAACGUUGGCGACAAGCCAGUUAUCUCCAAGAACGGUCUACUAACGACUGUUGCAUUCGACUUUGGUGGCUCCACUAAGCCUCAAUAUGCCCUCGAGGGUAGUAUCGCUGUGGCAGGCUCCAGCGUCAAAUUCUUAGUGGACAACUUGGGCUUUAUCGAGAACUCCAGCAAAGUCAGCCAACUGGCCGAAACCGUUGAGGACAACGGCGGUGUCACCUUCGUGACUGCCUUCAGUGGACUCUUUGCACCGUACUGGAUCGAUGACGCCAGAGGCACCUUGUUCGGCAUCACCGCAUUCACACAACGUGGUCACAUCGCACGAGCAACAUUAGAAGCCACAUGCUUCCAAACCAAGGCCAUCCUAGUCGCCAUGGAGAAGGACAGUGGCCACAAGCUCACCGAGCUCGCCGUAGACGGUGGCAUGUGCAACUCCGACCUGACUAUGCAGACUCAGACAGAUCUGAUCAGCAUUCCAGUCAAGCGCCCGGCUAUGCGUGAAACCACCGCGUUGGGCGCAGCCAUCGCAGCCGGUCUGGCUGUGGGUGUCUGGGAGAGCAUUGAUGAGUUGAAGGCCGUCAACACCGAGGGCGUUACCACAUUCAAGCCUGCCAUCAGCCAGGAGGAUGCUGAAAAGCGAUUCGCACGAUGGGAGAAGGCCGUCGAGAUGUCAAAGGGAUGGGCGAACUGA